AUACGCCAAAGCCUUAGAGGCGGCAGAUGUCUAAGGACUCCUUCGUGCUGAUCAACAAGCAAGGCAUCGUUUGUGAUCGUAAAAUCAUGAAAACUUGGUUUUGGAUUAUCAGUUGGUCCCUUUCCAUCCUGGCCAUAACUGGAAAUGGAUUCAUCAUCUUCCUUGUUUGGAGCAAACGGCAGCUUCGCACCAAAACCAACGCGUUCAUCGUUUCACUCGCCGUGGCGGACUUCUGUGUUGGGAUGAGCGCUGUUCCUUCGCAAUUUAUGUGUGAGAUGGAAAAAAAUGGUUGUAAAUUGUCAUCUAAUUUGUAUUCAUUUGUAUGGGCAGCGAGGAGCCUGUUCGCAUAUGCGUCUGUGACCAACCUUUGCUGUUUAGUCCUGGAUCGCUACAUUGCUGUUGUAAAACCUUUAAAAUACUUGACAUUUAUGAAGCGUCGCCGAGUCAUUCAGAUGGUUUCCGCAUCCUGGGCAAUUUCCUUCGCCGUUGUUACUGUUCAUACAAUGUACAAGCACUUUUUCAAAGAGAAUUCAAUUCUCUUUCACUUUUCGAUUUGUUUAGUUUUUAUAACCGAGUUUUUCCCAAGUGUGAUGUUAAUUUUCUGCUUUGUAUCUAUGUUUAGGGUUGUCAUUAAGCAUAAUCGAGCCGCUCGCUCAUUGGCGAAACAGUUACACUUUAACCAUCGGGUUUUCUUCAAAACUCACGAAAAGUCUGCCAUUAUAAUGAUGGGGAUUGUGAUAAGUUUGUUUCUUGUGUGUUACGGGAUAUAUAUUCGAUGUACUGUUAUUUUCUUGUAUCAUAGGAAAAACGUAUGUAAAGAUGUUUUCUAUAAAAUUCCUGUCUUAGUGCUAAACUCAGCAAUCAAUCCUCUGGCUUAUUCUUUUUUCAAGAGAGACAUUAACGAAGAGUUUAAAAGACGCCUUUGCUUCGCCGUUUUGAUAAGACGAUGACUCGUCCUCUAGAUGAGAACAAAUUUUA